GUGAAGUGAGCACUGGGCGUCCUCCUCCUAUUUGUGCUGAUCUGGAAGAAGACUUUGGACACGACCAGGACCGCAGUCUGAGAUCUCUAGAGGUGAGAAAUGGCCCCCAAAACCAAAAGAAAGUGUAUAGCUGACGCGCUGGAGGACCUGGAGCCAGAACAAUUGGAGAAGUUCCGCCACCAGCUUUUGGACCGUAAGAGAGAGUCGCGCGUCAGGCGCGCCAUGGUGAAGGAUAAAAACUACAUGGACCUCGCUAGUGUUCUGGUUUCGACCUUCACCGAGGACGGUGCUGUUAAGGUGACUGAGGAGUUAUUGAAGGAGAUUGGCUGCCAUGAUGUUGCAAAGGACUUAGUCGAAGACGUGAGUGCACAAUCUGGCGGCAACGGAGGAGCAACCGGUGGAGGUAGCAUGGCAGACGAGGUGCACUUUGUGGAUAAACACCAGCUUGAGCUGAUCGACAAAGUGAGCAACGCUGCACCCAUUUUGGAUUACCUUCUCUUUAAAAAAGUCAUCCAACAAGAGAUGUAUGAUGAAAUCAGGAAGCUGCCUACCACUCAGAGGAUGAUGCGGGAGAUCUUCUCUGGUUGCCUUAAAGCUGGAAAACACUGCAAAGAUAUCUUCUAUGAAAGCCUCGAGAAGAACGAGCGCUAUCUCAUUGACGACCUCAAGAAUAAAAAAUAGGAAAUGUUGUGGUGAAAUCCAUAGAACAAGCAUUAGACCAAACACACAGUCUACCUGAACAGUCAGUGCUUUUUUUAUACUUUAAUUGAGGAACAUAAAUCCUAUGUAUCUAUGGGGUUUUAAAAAUCUAUUUGCAAUCAGAGCUAUUGACCUUAAUUUUACUCUAUAAUUAUGUUAUGUUUGUAGUUUUAGAUUAAUCAGAGAUAAAAUUUGUCAUGAAAUGAAUGAACAGUCUCACCAUACAUGUAAUGUUUUUUAUUCCACAAGUACCAAUUUGAAAGAGCCUGUUUUUAACAUUUUAAUCAUUUUAUAUCAAAUUAAACAACCUUGAUCAAUAAUGAGUUCAUGCCAAAUAAGCUAAAAUAUAUUUUUUUAUGUCUUGUUCUGCCCAAUGUAUUUUUCAAGUGUCAUUCAAAAUGUUUUCUACCGUGAAAUUUAUAAUAAAACCCUCUCAUUGCUG